CGCGGCGCGGAGCCGGAAGCCGCUCCGAUGAGCUGGGGGCGGCGUUGGGCUGCGCGGAGCCUCGCGCUGCGGCCAGGUGCCCGCUGGAAAGUUUGCCGUGCGGGCGGCCCGCGCUGCGAUGCGGGGCCCGGGGCCCGGCUCCCCGCCGCCUCCCGCCGCACCGCGGUCGGGGCUGCCGUAGGCGCCCCCUGGGAGCGCGGAGCGCGGGUAUUAACCUCCCCCCCCGCUCCCUCCCGCCGCCCCCCCGGCACCUCCUCUCUCCGUCCCUCCCUCCUCCUCCUCCUCUCCCGGUGCGCGGCCAUUGCAGUGACCCCGGCCGGCCGAGGAUGAUCACGAACACGCGGGGCUUCUUGUGGUCGGACCUGGAGACGCGGGCGCUGCUGGAGAUCUGGGGUGAGGCGGACGUGCAGUCGGCUCUGGACGGCAACUUUCGGAACAGCCAUGUGUACCGGGACGUGGCGUGCCGCUUGGCCGAGCUGGGCUUCGAGCGCACCCCGGAGCAGUGCCGCAUCCGCAUCAAGGGCCUUAAGCGGCAGUACUACCAGGCUCGGGACGGGCUGAAGAAGAACGGGCACGCCCGCAAGAUCUGCAAGUACUACGACGAGAUGGACCGAAUCCUCAGCUGCCGGGGGGGGCCCGACGGAGCCCCCGAGCCGCCGCCCCCGCUGCCCGACGGUCCGCAGCCCCUCGGAGUGCCGCCCAGCCCGGGCGUGCUGCACAACGGCCGCGAGAACGACCCCGAGGCGGACGAGGACGCCGGGCUCGAGUCCCCCCGCGACAACUUCGCCGAGGACUCCGGGGAGUGCUCCUCGUACGCCGAGCGCCCCAUCAAGGUGGAGUGCCCCCCCUUCGCCAUCCCGGUGCCGCCCGGAGACGGCUUUAAAGAAAUGAGCGCUCCCACGGUUACCCCGCCUCUCAGUCAGCCCAAAAGAUCAAAGAAGCGCCACGCGAAUUUAACGUUGGAUAAAAUGAUGGAGAAAUUCUUGCAGCAGAGCGUGGAUACAGAAGAGAAAUUUUAUAGAUACGAAGAGCAGAGGCUCAAAAUUGAGGACAAACGGCGCGAAGCUGAACACGCUCGAGAGCUCCAGAUGCUGCAGAUGUUGGGACAGAUGUUGUCAGGAAUUUCUUCUACGGUAUCACAAAGGGCACAGUCUAUACCAACGAGUCCACCUCAGAGAGCAAACCAUCGUUCAUAUGGGGAUAACUUUAAUUAUAAUGCUAUGACAGCAGCACUUUCACCACCGAUAGUUAUAGAGAGAUCUUUUUCACUGCACCGAAAUCACACUCUAAAGGAUAUGGAGAAUAUUUUUCAACUGGUGCGCAACGUUAUCCCUCCUCUAACCGGGAAAAGGCAUAAAGGUCAAGAUGGACGUAUAGGCAUUGUUGGAGGAUGUCGAGAAUACACAGGAGCACCGUAUUUUGCUGCAAUUACAGCUCUCAAAGUGGGUGCAGAUUUAUCCCAUGUGUUUUGUACCAAAGAUGCAGCAACAGUAAUCAAAUCAUAUAGUCCCGAGCUGAUUGUUCAUCCAGUUCUUGAUAGUCCCAAUGCUGUCCAUGAGGUGGAUAAGUGGUUACCAAGACUGCACUCAGUUGUCAUAGGACCUGGCUUAGGCAGAGACGAAGCACUACUUGAGAACGCUAAGGCUAUUAUAGAAAAAUCAAAACUGAAAGGAAUUCCUAUCAUUAUUGAUGCCGAUGGACUGUGGCUUAUUUCACAGCAGCCUUCUCUUAUUCAAGGGUACCAGCGAGCUAUUCUUACUCCAAACUACAUGGAGUUUAGCAGACUAUAUGAGGCCAUGCUUAGAGACCCCGUAGACAGUAGUGAUCAUCAUGGAUGUGUUUUAAGACUCAGCCAAGCCUUGGGGAAUUUGACAGUUGUUCAAAAGGGAGAACGAGAUCUUAUUUCAGAUGGAGAGAAAGUGCUUGUAUGCAGUCACGAAGGAAGCAGCCGGAGAUGUGGAGGACAAGGAGACCUCCUUUCUGGUUCCCUUGGAGUCUUAGCACACUGGGCAUUUCUGGCUGGAGCAGAAAAAACAAAUGGUCAAAAUCCCUUCCUCGUGGCUGCAUUUGGAGCUUGCUCUCUGACAAGGCAGUGCAACAACCAGGCCUUCCAAAAACUGGGACGUUCAAUGACCGCCUCCGACAUGGUUUCAGAAGUCGGAACAGCUUUUAGCAAACUUUUUGAAACCUGAAGUCAAAGCAGAGGAGGAGAGAAGACCGACGACUGCCAGUCAUUGCAUUUACAGUAGAAUUUAAGUCAUGCACCCUUCAAGUGCUGUAGCAGCAUCGGUAUGAUAGGUAGAUUUUUUUUUAUUCUUAAGAAUAGAAAACUAUGAUUAAUGUAGAUAUUUUUUAAGAGUUUGGAAUACAGAAAUGUUUUGGCUGAAAGAAGCUGUAGUUGCAGAUCUGUUAUAAUAUAAUAAAACUAAGCUGAAAGUAUCCUUCUGUUCUUUUUGAUAGUUAUUGAGCAAUAACUGAAAUACGAGCAGCAAAACAAUGCACUUGAGACUUAGGUAAGAAUAAAAUUCUUCCACCAGCUCAACCGAAUUUCCUACAUUGCACCACGGUUGUCCUGAUUUCAUCCUUAGACCCUCCGUCUAGAAUCCUAACGAUUGCACUUCAUGUUUUGCCAUGUAGUAUAGUCACUUUAAGAAGCAGAAAGCCAGCCUCCUUGGAAAGGGAAUGCAUGAGCGUUGCUUUAGAUGUUGAAUGUAACUAGUUGCCUUUUCCGUUCCCAGUCCCAGAGGCAGCAUUCAUUUUGACUGGACAUCCUUCCUGCGAGGUCUCGGCUUUGGGAAGAUUCCCCCAUUGCACAAUAAGGAUAUACUGUAGGUAUGUUAGUAUUAAACAGCAUUUAUGCUUACCUGAGAAAAGAACUCUUUUCUAGUCCUUUAGCUGGUCUCAGUCAUCCAGAACUGGGCACGAUGACUUGUGUCACGUUCUCAUUCAGAGAGGUGCUAGGCAGGGUAGGAACACCGUGCCACCAAACCGACCUGCUCAGGCUCUUGGGCAUAAUGGCAGAGCAAAGUGUUUUAGAGCUCAAGUAGCUGCUGAACUGGAGCUCUGAGAACAUGAGCACACAUAGAAGUAGGUUGGUAUCUGUUAGCCAGCAGGAAUAUGAACUGGAAGAACUAACAGCAGACAACAGCACUUAACUGUAUAGUCAGAGCUAAGGCAGGCAGCUGUGCACUGUGAGCCACGGGAAGGAACAGAAAAUGGCGGCAGGGGCUAAAACAGCUGUUAAAUAUUCACUGCAACCACUGUUUUCCAGCUCCAGAGUGGAGCACCGUGACACGUACGCAAGGCGCAUCGCUCCCUCAUACCCUGCAAUAGCUUCCCACCUGGCGUCAGGCUGCUCUGCCUAUCGCCCCUCUGGCCCUUAGCAUUACUACUCCUGUAUGCACUGUGACUACUACCUCACCCCAACGCAUUUUGUUUUUCUUUUUAACCCAGUUAACCUGUUUUGUAAAAUGGGUUUUUAAACGUUUGCUCAUUUUGGUCUAUGAGGGUUCGCAGACUUCUUAAAGCAGAGCCCGACUAACUGUCUACAUGUAAGAGAUGGAUUUCUGCUGUUUGUUUAAGCAGUUUUCUACCCGGCCAACAUGCUGGAGGAAACCAAGGUACCGGGAUUUACCUCCUUCAUUCCAGAAGCCCCGAACUCCUUUCAAAGAAACAAUCAGGAAAGUGAACUGAUAUAAAACAGCUGCUGGAUUUCCUGCAAACACUGGGCAAAAGGUUUUGUAUCUAUAGAGCAGCAGUGGCAGCGUAUCAAAAGGGCGCUAUAGCAAAAUGGCACUUGUAGGCCAAACCAAUGGAUCUCCAUCAGUACGGACCUCAACCUGCCCUGUUGGUUUUAAGUCUACAGAAGAGUUGUAACUUUGUUCUUCACCAAUGUACUCUAAUAAUAAUUGUUAUGAUUUUUUGAACGUUCUGGAAAUGUAGCAAUUCCUUUCAGUAGGAAAUAAAAAUAUAGCAACUUAA